UAUGGCUGAGGGCCAUUUCUGCUCUUGUCUUCCCAGAAAAUAGGAAACAGAGACAAAGGGUGGACUGGGAAGGGAACUGUUUAUACACAAUUGUUCAUUGUGUACUUGUUUCUGGAGCCAUGUUGGAGCACAUGCCUCGACGCUCCCGCUCACUUCUCUGCCUCUCUUUGACCUCCCUUGCCCUGACUUUGUCUGUGCUGGCCUUUUGCACCUCCUACUGGUGUGAGGGAACACAGAAAGUGGUGAAACCGCUCUGCCUCUCACCUGUUAAAAUGGUGAAAUGCAGCCAGAAUAACAGCCAACCUUUUACAGUGGGCACAGUGCAACCAGAACUACCCUCUAAUGAAACAAUAUCACCAAACCAGAGAGAAGCGCUUACUAAGACUCAACAGGCAAAGUUGGCUAAUGCUGUGCAGUACAUUUGGGAAACGGGAGAGGACAAGUAUAUGUUUCGCUACUUCCAUGCAGGAUUCUGGGAAUCUUGUGAGAAACAUACUGAUGGGGAGCGAUGCCGCAGGUUUAUAGAUCUAACCCCUGAAGAUACGCAUGGUGUUCUCUGGUUGUCUAUGAUAUCCGAGUUCCUAUACAUCAGUCUUUUGGGGAUGGGAUUUCUGCUGAUGUGGCUGGAGGUUCUUUGUUCUCAUAAAGAAAUGCAUGCACUCAAAAUCAAUGCAUUUGCAGCCUUAUGCACUGUGCUGUCGGGCCUAAUUGGGAUGGUGGCCCACAUGAUGUACACCACAGUUUUCCAGUUGACUGUGAUUAUAGGCCCCAAAGACUGGAGACCUCAGAACUGGGACUAUGGCUGGUCUUUCGCCAUGGCCUGGGUGUCUUUUAGCUGCUGCAUGGGUGCUGCUGUCCUCACCUUCAACUCCUACACCAAGAAUAUCAUUGAGAUUCGCCGUCGACAGAGACUGCGCCCGGAGGAAGCCCGCGCGGCUCCUUCCUAUGAGGAGGUGGUUUCAGGAGUUGGGAUCUACUCUAUCAGUGGCCUACAGCAGUGUCCUGAUGGGAUGAUGGAUAGUAUGUGGCUAAAGCCUGAGACUGUGGGAGUGAAAGCAGAGGUAGACAUCCCCAUGCUGGUGCUGAUGGAGGGAUGUGAACCUGAGGAGUGUGAGGACUGCGAGAGGGAGAUGGAUGAAAUGGAAAAGGCCAUGGAGAGAGAGGAAACAGACUCACCUUGUUAAUGUAAGCUAUGUAAGCUAUGUAAAAAAAAAAAAAUAGGUGUGAAAUACUGACACUGAGGGUCUCUUCAUGCAGAUUACAUGAUAAAUUGGUUGACGUUUCAGUCUGGAUUCUGAGUUCUCUUUGAAAUGAAAUUUCAUGAGACCUUGAGUGGAUUACACUCAGAUUGGAUAAGGGCACAGUGAAUGCAUUUACAGAAUUCAUUUGCUGUUAUUUUUUAUAGAACUGCUCUUGAUUUGUUUGUUUGUGUUUUCCCACAGUAUGAAUAAAUCCCAAGUCAUGUUUUA